ACUGCAGCUGACGGGUAUAUGCCCAUUGUACCGUAAAUCCGUGCUAUACACUGCGCUAAUCCCCUGGCUUAGGCUUCCGUUACUCCGUUCUCCUUGGCACCACCACAGAUAAUUAUGUGCAGAGAGAUUGCUUACGUCUGUAUCGAUUGGACAAACGGGAAGUUGAUUUGCACGGAGGCUUAGGUGACACUAAGAUCUGGCAGGCAACAAGAAAGGUUUCUCUGUAUUCAGUUAGAACGAGCUUUCGUGAUAAAAUGAUUGGCUUCUAAAAACAAAGCAAAAGAACGAUAAGAAAGUAAGGAUUCAUACAGAUUGUGUUUUCUCUUAAGGGUGCAAGCUAACAGAAGGAAAUGCAUUUGCCAUCCAAUAAAAUAAAUGUACAUCCAAGGCUCUCUUGGAACCAUUUAUUUUGUAUGUUUGGCCAGGAGUUUCAGGCUUAGUGUUGUCGCGUGGACGUUCGGUGACAACAGUCACCCUUUCGUGGUGGGCAGACUUCAGCGAACUUAUACACAGACCUGUGGUGGUAAUAUUGGCGCGCAGUCUCCUGACAGACCGUCCCGAUUGCUUAUAACUUAUUGUAUUACGCCAGCCUAGGCUCCAGGGAACACUUUGUGUAAUGUAAUUCUUUAAUACGGCGGCUUGUUAGGUUUGAGAACAUGUUAUGAUAAAGUGAUGACAGCAUUUUCAUGUGCUCUUAACAAUGUAUUCGUAAUAAGAUGCCUCGAAAACAUUGGGGCCACAGGUGACGCGGUCUUGUCCAAGAGAUUAUAACAGGACGAGGUUCUCUAACCCUGAAUGGAGGAUAGUGUUAAUGAACUAUUGUAGGCCUACAGUCGGCCUGCUCAUAGUGUCUGUGCAGAGACAGUGUGUGAGAGACUCAAAUGGGAAGGAUUUUGCUUUGAGAUCUUCCCAUGCAUGGAUUAUGAUGAAAUGAACACGAGGCAAGUCUCAUAAGCUCACCUCUACAUUUGAUUUGACCUUCUGGGUUGGACGCAUUCGAAAAAUUAAGAAACCCCAUAAAAAGAUCGCCACACAAAACUCCAAAAGUAAAGUGGUACUUCAGUGUUAGUCCAGUGCAGUGCGUGACUACUGAACUCUGCCAGCACAAUGGGUGAUAUGGCCGGACUGCCCGCCCUGAGUGACCCGCGACUGACUAGUCUACAGAAACAGUCCAAGCGGAUACGAAAGGGCACCACGAUCCUAAACGACAAGCUCCGAGCUCAGAGGGACAUAUCCAACAAAGUGGUAGACAAGAACAAGGCCAGUGAUGGAUAUAGGUCAUGGCAGAAAUCCAUGCCUUACAAACACUCAUUGGCCGAGAUACGUGGUAUUCAGAAGUGCUUGAAGAAACGGCGGGAAUCCGCGACCCUCGACCCCGAGAUGACUCCGAGGAACGGUAUCUACGAUGGGCUGUCUCUGGACUCCAUGAGGCUGGAGGUAGACAAGGUCAUACAGGAGAAGAAUCCGAGGGAGAGGAGACUGCGUAAGGUGGAGAGGAUUAAGAACAAUGGCUACCGAGACGGCCGGAUUGUGGACUACAACUACUCCAUGGCCAAGUUCUCCGACGUCUUGCACAGACCGAAGGGGAUCGAGAGGGGGGAACGGCCGGUCUCCUCAUUUGACGCGUAUGAACAGUUGACAGCUUCCUCGCGAUCUCCACUGCAGACGACGCGAAGUCCGGCCCUCACACCAGGGUCACCAUCCGCGCAGCAGACGUCUAUGGGCUACAGCCCCGUCUCCGACAGUCCACCACACUUCCGGCUUCCGCCCAUCCAGGCCAGGAGAAGCACGAUUGCGAAUAUGUCUAUGAUGACGCAACCACGCCGGCUUUUCGACACAAACUCCAACCGCAGCGACCCCUGUCGGACAAUGAAACGAUCAAUGAGCUUCGCCAUCGCCCAGUGAGUGGCGAAUUGCUCUGCCUGACGAUGAAACUAUGAAACUCAUUGCCUUCGAUUGCACGUAUACAGAAAGAUGUAUGAAAGCCUGCAUAAGUCCAGUUGGCAGCAGACUGCAUUGUGGUGAGAACGCCUUUGGGGAUAAUCCUCAAUCGGAGUAUUCUUGACCUUGUUUUUUUUCUGGAGUCCCAAUAGCUCACCAUCCGCUCAUGUAGUCCUUGUGGGAUAUGACUGCUAGACUUGACGCCAGGCCUCUCAAAUAUAACCACUUAACUUCAAAAGAUUUUGAUAAAAUGUUGAAGACUAGACCAGUUAGCUCAUUAUAUCUCAACAAAGAGGUGAGCAAUAUAACAGAACAAUAAUAUUAUGGUGUUUCACACAUAUAAACAAAA